AUGUUCUCGUCGUCGGCUCGCUUCGUCGCUCGAUCGAACCCGGCCAUCUCUCUCCCGGUUCCGGCUCGUGCCUCCACCGCCGUGAUCGUCGCUGCAACAGGUGGCCUGUCGAGUCCCCGUAGCCAGCAACGUCGAUACUCAUCUUCGAAGCCUCCCGUUCCCCCAAGCGACGGCUCCCGGGGCAUCGAUGCUUCGUCACAGUCUCCCACCAAGAGCGUGAACCCGUCGAGCAAGGAGGGUGCCGAGAAGCGCGAGGGGAAAACGGCGAAACGACGAGGUGGCAAAGAUAGCAGCAAUGUCUCCGCCAAAUCGAAGAAUAAUGAGCCCUUCCUAAACCUCCCCAGCGUGCCCUCUACACAGCAUCUUCAUCCUCAUGAUAUCCAUGUUGCAUCCUUCUUCUCAGCGCAUCGACCGAUAUCCGUCACAACCUCCGUACCAUCGAAUUCCAACCCAGACGCCUUUAACGCCAUUUUCUCAUCGAAAAAACCGUCCAAGCCUCGUCCCAACGAUGUCAUAUAUACUCUCUCCUCAGCAGUUAAUUCUAUUGAAGGGGGAUCUGCCAAAACCGUCGAACCCGACCACCUAAGCAACGCCGAUGACCUCCCAAUCGAAGACCUCCGUAUCUCCAUCCAGGACUUCGCGAAGAAGCUCCGGCCUUUCAACCCCCCGCCACCCCCAGUUCCCAUGGAAAAUUUCGGCGAACAGGAUAGCGCUACAGAAGCCGAAGCUGCUGAAGCCGCCGAAUCGGAACUCCAUGAAGGCGUGAGGGAACAAAGCUACUCCACCAUCCUCACGAUCACCGAAUCCACACAUGGUGACGGCCGCAAGACCUACGAAGCUCAUAGCUCCCCCCUUGUCCGAAUUGAUAACAAGGACGCUCCGUCAUCCUCCAACUAUGAGGGUGAAAAAGUGAUCCAAGACGAGGGGGGCUCGUUUUCGAUAUCAGAGCCGGAGAUGGAUCAUCACCGACAACAACAUCGCGUGCCGCGCUUGAUGGGGCGGAGAGUCUACUACGCCAUCAGCGUCAAGAGGCAGCGUAAGCUGAAGAUGAAGAAACAUAAACACAAGAAACUGAUGCGGAGAACGAGGAUGUUGAGACGGAAAUUGGAAAAAGCUUAA